UGAAGGAGUGAUAGAAAAAAUGGAGAGGAAGAUGACAAGGCGAGUUAGAAGAAUGAGAGAGCCAUAUAUACUAGCCAAGAGAUAUGAUUGGAAAGGGUUUUUGGAAUUUUUCCGCAAACACAAAGAUCUCUUGACCGAGCAAAUUGAUUUGCAACAAAGCACCCCUUUUCACUAUGCAGCUUACUGUGGCAGUACAGAAAUGUACGAGGAAAUGCUGGGAAUGGUGGAUCAGUUAGAAGUGCUAGACGUGCUGAGGAUGCACGAUCAGAUGGGGAAUACGCCGCUUCACGAGGUGGCGUUUACCGGAGAAGUGGGAAUGACAAGGUGCAUACUUAGGUACGAGAUGGAGACAAAGAGGAUACUGGAGUUGGAGUACAAGGCUGAUUGUGAAGGGAUAGAGCAGUCUGAGAGAGCGCUGAUGAGAAUGAGAAACAACCUGGGAGAGACACCAGUGUACAUAGCAGCUGUGCUUGGGAAGAAAGAUUUGCUGGAAUACUUGGUUCAUGAAGUAGGCAUAGACGUGAACCUCCAUUUGUACCGACAAGUUGAUAACAAGUCCAUUAUUCACACUGCUGUCAUCAAUCAAUUCUUUGGUUUCACCACUCACACCCCCUCCCCCCCCACUCUCUCUCUCUGCACAGCCUUACUGUUAUUGGAAAGGUAUGGCGAGCUCGCUCAUGAAAAGGAAGACAGUGGAUUGACAACUCUGCAGCUGCUAGCAAACAUGCCAUCUGCAUUUAAGAGUCAAACUCAAAUGGGAAUCUUCCAAAAGUUCAUAUAUCUUCUGCUUCCUGAUUAUCAAGAUGACAAAUACUACCUUCAAAAUUAUAAAGAUCGUUUCGGAAAAGGAAAAGAUCUGGAAAAUUGCCAAGAGGUCAUAGAUGAACCUCGAACUCAGAAGAAACUCUCAGAAAUUGCAGCCUUUUCAUGGAUGUGGUAUACAAUGUGGAAGGUUAUCGCCAAAGAAUGCAAGGAGAUUGCAAAAGUUUGGAGAAAAAAGGAAAUGCAUAACUUGGUACAGAAAAUAGUACAGUUGUUAGUAGCGACAGAUAAUUCAUGGGAAUAUAGUUCUAUAGAAAUAGACAAAACAGUUUCAAUGGGGAGAUCACAUCAUCCAUCCAUGAAACACGAAAAACAAGAGGAGCAACAAAAGGGACAAGAGGCUGCAAUCACCAGACCCAUUACUUAUACCCCUUUGUUGAUGGCUGCUUGCAAUGGAAUCAUAGAGAUUGUUGAAGAAAUAAUUCAUUUGUAUCCUCAGUCAGUCGAUCAUGUCAGUGAAGAUGGGCAGAACAUAUUGUACAUGGUUGUCAAACACCGCCAGCUAGAGAUUUUCAAUGUUUUAAAGAGAUUGAAAAUUGUUAGACGUCUUGCUAGAAAACUAGACAGGGAAAGAAAUACUGUCCUCCACUACACUGCAGAGUUUAUAGGAGGAAGCCAACCUGGUUAUGCUCUUCAAUUGCAAGAGGAGUUACGUUGGUUCAAACGGAUAGAAAAAAGACUCCCUUAUCAUUACACCAUUCACAAAAACGAGAGCAGACAAACUGCACAGGAACUGUUUGACAAGAAGCAUGAACAACUGCUGAAGGAUGCUCGAGCAUGGAUAAAAGAGACAGCUCAGUCAUGCUCUGCAGUAGCUGUCCUUAUAGCCACUGUUGUCUUUGCAGCAGCUUACACUGUCCCUGGAGGCACAGACAAUAAUGGCAUCCCUAGAUUUCUUCAGCAUUCUAUAUUCCAAGUGUUCUUGGUCAUGGACAUUGUAGCCCUUGUAAGUUCAUUGGCUUCAGUGGUCAUGUUCCUCUCAAUCCUCAUAUCACCUUGUGAGAUGUGGGAUUUUCAGAAGUCUCUCCCUCGCAAACUAAUGGCAGGUUUUGCCUUGCUGUUCUUCUCCAUGGCCACAACCAUGCUAUCAUUCAGUGCAACAGUUCUGAUCAACAUCAAGUUAGAGAAGAACAAUUGGACUUCAGUCAUGACGUAUUGUGCAGCAUUCUUGCCCAUCAGCAUAUUUGCUAUGAUGCAGUUCCCUUUAUAUGUUGCCAUUAAUCAAUGUGUGAAGAACAUAUUUGGGAGACUUAAGAAGAUCACGCCUCGGUCUCCUCCUCAAUUUGGUCAAUAGAAGUCGGAGAAAUAGACUCUGGGGAAAAGAUGAGAAAAAAAAAACAGUUGAAGGAUUGUUAAAUCCUCCUUAUAAUUUCCGCCUGGUGUCCUUUUUUGCUGCUUUGGAGGCUUUAGACUUUAUGGAGGUGGGGCAGUGUUAAUUUGUUGUGGCUUCUCAUCUUGCACUGUGUUAUUGGGUUUGGAUGGGGUUGUAUCAGAUAAUUUAUUUUUUUCACCGGGUAUUGGUGUCAGUGUAUAUACACACUGUUCACUUGCACACACUGGAUCAUACACUCUAGGCGGCUGUUUGCUUUCUGUUAGUUGUUGUAAGCUGUUAAACAACUGUUCAGUUAGUUAGCUUAGAUGAUUCAGUUAUCCACCUAUAAAUGGUGUACUUCAAUGUAACCUCGGUUAAUUCUAAUGAGAAUGAUAUUCAGAAUAUGAAAUAUUCUCUCCUCUCUUCUUCGAACUUCUUCAUGGUAUCAAGAGCCUAAUUCCCACUCCACCGCCACCGCCUACCACAUACGCCUUCUCUUGCUGCGACGCCGAUUUCUUCAGCUACUUCACUUUUCUCUUUGUCUUUGUUUUCUCAUUCGAAUUUGGAUAAACAUGAUGACAAGAAUUUCCUUCUACGGAAGCAACAGGUGGAUCCUGUUAUUACAACUCAUUUUGUCUUCAUCUUUUUCUAGAGAAUCCUCAUAUUCUACCGAAGUAUUGCACGGAUGCAGAUCGUGAUUCUCAGUCAAUGUUGCUCAAGCACAUUCUUAGGAUGUUCAUUCCUCUUCUUCCUCUGUUAACUUCUUAGAUCGUGGUCGACCCCCCAAUUUCCGCAGUCGGGGUUGCUUUGGUAGAGGUGACAUGGAGGAU